AGUGGCACCAGUGGAGGGUUCCUGAGCAUGAAUGCAACGGUCACAGCCUGGGGGACUGCAGUUACUCCAAUGAAUGGAAGUGACGAGGCAAUUCUUCAAGCUUUCAGGAAUCGGGCACUGAUCUCCGCCUUCCUGGUGGCCAUCAUAGCCCAGGUGGGGCUGGCAGGAAAUGCGGUUGUGCUGUGGCUCCUGGGCUUCCGCAUGCGGAGGAACGCCAUCUCUGUCUACAUCCUCAACUUGGCGGGAGCUGACUUCCUCCUCCUCUGCUGCCAGAUUACAGUUUCCCUGUGUAUACUCAUCGACUACUUCCACUCCGUCCUUAUUUCCAUCCCCAGCCUUUUCACCACUGUGCUCACCUUUGCCUACAUCACCGGCCUGUGCUUUCUCAGCGUUAUUAGCACUGAGCGCUGCCUGUCUGUCCUGUGCCCCAUCUGGUACCGCUGCCAUCGCCCCAGACACACGUCAACUGUCAUGUGUGCCCUGCUCUGGGCCCUGUCCCUACUGCUGAGCAUUCUGAACGGGAUAUACUGUGACUUCCUGUUUGCAGAUUUUUCUCAGGUGUGGUGUUCAGUAUUUAAUUUCAUCACUGCUGGGUGGCUGAUUUUCUUAUGUGUGCUUCUCUCAGGGUCCAGCCUGGCCCUGGUGACCAGACUGCUGUGUGGCUCCCAGCGGGUGCAGCCGACCAGGCUGUAUGUGACCGUCCUGCUCACAGUGCUGGUCUUUCUCCUCUGUGGCCAGCCCUGGGGCAUCUGCUGGUUCCUCAUGUUCUGGAUUAAGAGUCAUUCAGAUGAGUCCUCCCAUCUGGUUAAUCUGGUUGCAUUUGUCCUGUCCUGUGUCAACAGCUGCGCCAACCCCAUCAUUUACUUCUUUGUAGGCUCCUUCAGGCAGCGAUGGAGGAAGGGAAGGCAGACCCUGAAGCUGGUUCUCCAGAGGGCUCUGCAGGACACUCCGGAGAAGGAUGAACAUAGAGGACGUCCUCCUCAGGAAACCCUGGAGAUGUCGGGGAGCACUCUGGUGUCCUGAUUCAGAGUCUUGCUUUGUUCAGACACAUGGGGUUUGGAGAACCAACUUUGUCCCUAUCCGUUUGGGAGGUUUUUUUAAGUCUCUCAGCCGAUGGGUCUCUGAAUUAGAACAGUUAACAUAAUAAUCCUGCUGAUGAGGAUUCAGUGAGACUGUGUCUGUUAAACACGCACUGGGUGCAGGGUCUCAGGACUGACUUAUCCCAGACACUCAUCCCACCCCCUUGGGAGCUUUGCCAAUGCUGGGGUCCAGGACUCUUCCCACUUUUGAAGAAUCCACCUUCAGCAGGAGCUAAACACAGUGCAGGAAAGACCAAAUUUCUUUGAUCACCAAACUUGAUAGAAACUAAAAGAACAUUAUAUUCGACCAGCUUCUGUGGUCACUCUCCUGCAAUCUGUCACUAUAAAUUAGAGAAGGAAAGUUCAGUCCAGCCCCAAAGAGCAGUGUUCUUUGUUUUGGGCAGGCCUCAGAAAAGCUCCCUAGCAUAGGAACUAUUGAUUGAAUUAAUGAAUUAAUAAAGGAUACCCGAUGAUUUUCAAGUCCAGUCUGUGCUAAAUCUCCAGAUUUAGCCAGAUUUGGGUCAUCGUUUUUAAGUUUGUGGCUUUCACCAUUUUCACUCUUUGCAAACAUGAAGUUAAGUUUUAUCACCAGAUAAAUCAAUGUCAAAGCUCAUUUAAGGUUUCAGGUAGGUUAUCUUCAGUGUUUCUUUUCAAAUGCCCUCCAGCAGAAUCCCAUGUGCUCCCUCUCUUUCUAAACCUUUGCCUCUGCCCUCAUUGUCCCUUUCUGGAGACUCUCUAAUCCUCCAUGUCAGGUUGCCAAGGGGUCUUACUGGACUCUAUGGUCUACAAGGACAGCUUCUGUUUCAAAUAUACCUUUCAUGCAAAGACCUCUCAACACUUAUUAAUCUUAUUUCAGUAAAAAAUUUUGUUACAUAUUUUUUAAAAAAUAUGUUGAGUUUCAAUGUUGGCCUUUUAAACAUUUUUAAUACAGGUGUAAUUAAGACAGAGUGUUGAACAGAUCAUCACUUCAACGAGUUUGUGCAGUGAUACACUCAUGUGACGCAAACCCCAGUCAACACACAUCCUAUUUUCAGCACCUCUGAAAGUUCUCUCAUGUCCCUCCCUGUCAUUCCUCCUGCCACAGAGGCAACCUUUGUUCCUACUUCUGUCACCAAAGAUUUGUUUUCCCUGACCUUUGACCUUAUGUAUUUAGGAUCAUAAAAUGUACUUUUUUCUUCUUACCUUCUUUCACUAAGCACAGUACUUUUGAAAUCGACCCAUGUCAUUACAUUGCAUAUAUCAGUAGUUUGUCCCUGGUAUGACGCUGAGUACUCUUUCACUGUAUGGGUG